AUGCGCCCUAUUCUGUUGUCGGGCCAUGAACGGUCCCUGACCCAAAUCAAGUUCAACAAGGACGGCGAUCUCAUCUUUUCGACUUCCAAGGAUAAGGUUGUGUGCGCGUGGUGGUCCGCCAACGGCGAGCGUCUCGGAACAUACUCUGGUCACCAGGGUGCUGUCUGGACUGUCGAUGUUAGCCCCAACACCGUCCUCCUCGCUACCGGUUCCGCAGAUAACACCGUUCGGCUAUGGAACGUCAAGACUGGAGAGUGUGUGAAGACCUGGGAUUUCCCGACGGCCGUUAAACGGGUGGCCUUCUCGCCCGAUGGAUCUAAGCUGCUGGCCGUGACGGAAAAGCGUAUGGGUUUCCUGGGUACAAUUGCGGUUCUCGAUAUCGCGUACGGUGACGGCGAGCUCAACAACUUGAAUGUUCAGGCUGAGGAGCCUAGCUUGCGCAUUACCUGCGAGGACAGCAAGGCUACUGUGGCGGGGUGGAGUUAUCUGGGCAAGUACAUCAUCGCGGGACACGAGGAUGGCAGCGUCAGCCAAUAUGACCCCAAGACCGGUGACCAGCUGGAGAACGUCCAGGCCCACGAGUUCGACCACCAGAUCAACGACCUCCAAUUCUCUCCCGACCGCACCUACUUCAUCACCGCUUCCAAAGACAAGUCUGCCAAGCUCAUUUCUGCCAGCAACCUCGCCAUCCUUAAGACCUACGUCGCCGAUACCCCCCUCAACUCUGCUUCCAUUACCGCUAAGAAGGACUACGUUAUCCUCGGUGGUGGUCAGGCCGCCAUGGAUGUCACAACCACCUCUGCCCGUCAGGGUAAGUUCGAGGCGCGCUUCUACCACAAGAUCUUCGAAGACGAGAUUGGCCGUGUCCGUGGUCACUUCGGUCCCCUCAACACCAUCGACGUGCACCCCGCCGGCACCGCAUACGCCUCCGGUGGUGAGGACGGUUACGUCCGUAUCCACCACUUCGACAAGCCCUACUUCGAUUUCAUGUACGAGGUUGAGCGGGAGCAACUGCGGAAGUAA